AUGCCGCCCAAGCGCCAUGCCCGCGCGUUGGGCCUUGGCGUGCCCGGCAAUGCUGCGCUGCGCACGUCGUCUGCAUCGACCAGCGCUAUACAGACAGAUCUAUCUACGACGCGCGCAGUCAGCCACACUGGAAGCGAUGCGGUUGCCAUGCUCCGCGCCGUAUACCACGAUGCUGACGACGCAGCAAACGUCGACACGCCUCCCGUGCCGCUCGAAGUGCAUGCGGUGGACGAGGUGCCAUACACACCCGCACACGCAAUCUAUUUUGUGUUUAGCGAGUCUGGAAAGCUCGUAUACGCGAGCGAGGCCCAGCACGAGGAAUCUGAGUGGGUAUAUGCACACACCGGCGUCAUGCAUGCAUUGCUCGCCCUUUUCGCCGGAGAGAUGCACGGGGAUACGAUGGAUCGGAUCACGAUGUAUGAUGCACAACGACGUGCGGUACAGGUCAGUUUCCUUGCGCGCCCACCAUUGUAUGUAGCAUGUGCAUCGACCGAAGAUUCACCGCUUUUCGUUGUGCGCCCGCAGCUUGCACGCAUCCACGCAGCGAUCAUCAGCCUUGUGAGUGCACCGCGCCUUGAGCGGCUCUUUAGCAAGAUGCCCAAUUUUGAUCUGCGCGGUCUGCUUAGCCCCACACAGCUGUACCUGGACGGCGUGGUGGAAGACAUGCACGCAAGUGCUGCCGUGGCACUGCAUGCACUCCCAAUGCAGCCCAUGGACGCUGCAAUGCGGCAGCGCGCAAUCCUUGCAUGUCUUCCUUCUGCACGCGAUGGUCUACUUUAUCUAUUCGUCGUGCGCGACGCACAGAUUGCCGCGCUCGCGCACCCAAAGCACCACACGCCGCAUCCCGAGGACGUCGCGCUGUUGCUAGCCAUGGCGCGGUGCGGCCCAGCACGCACACAACCCCCAGAGCACGAAGCUUGGGCGCCGAUUUGCCUGCCACACGCGGCGCCGCACGGAUUCGUGUACGUGUAUACGAGCGUGGUAGAAGAUGCCACUCUCUUUAUGGUCACGAGCCACCGCGAAGGGUUCCACGCGGCCCAGGCAUGGCGCGCAGGAAUCGAUACUGAUGCGCUUCUGGACGCACUUCAUGCGCCGUGCCCUUCACCGCCAUCGAUCCCUAGAGUAUACCAUUACGCUGUUGUUGGCCACCGCUACGCACAAUGCACGGGCCCAGCGAUCCCAAGCGACGCAACGCGCCUCGUCUCUUUGUACACACACUUGCUUGCACGCUUGCAAGGACCUGAUACAACGCAACAGCCCGCGCUGGACGCUGCACAGGUGUAUGCGCCUGGGCCGCGCCAUGCUGCGCUUGCACUUCCGCUGAAACUGCUCUAUUACCGCACCGCGACCGAAGCCAUCCUUGGCUGGCGCACCGGCGCACUCACCUUGUGCCUCGCCGUGCGUCCUCCCCGCGUACAUGCGGCGCAGUGA